AUGGCCUUCUUGCAAACCCGCUUUCGCGUCAUCAACCGCGUGCCCAUUCCCUCGAUCGUUGACCCCCAAGCUGCUCGUACCUAUCUCGGCACCUACGAGUCUCUGAUAACACCCAAUCCCUAUUUGGAACGGUACGAACUGCGAACGCUAGAUGCCGCAGAGCAGGAGGAAAUCCGACGUGACCCUUUCUACCCUCCCAACACAACCCACUGGCAAGGCUACACUGUCUACGAGCGCGUGCCCAUCAUCCCAGGAGCCGGAGACUGGGCAACAACUGUGGUCGAGAUCCCCUGCAUCUUUUUAACUUCAGAGUAUGGCGUCCUAUGUCGUGGUGAUGCAACUGGCGGCGUGACAGUAAAAAGUCGUUAUGAGGUCAGGAAGCGUGGAGAGAUCCAGGAGGGUCCUGACUUGGUGGUUGGUCCAGGUGAAGAGGGAGAUUACGAGCUAGUGGACAUUUCGGAAAUUAAUUGUAAUUUGGUCGUGAAGCCGUUUGUCAGGGAGAAGCUCUCGAGUGGCCACAUCGGCAUUUUGAAGACUGUUGUGAGCAAGUUGGUUGAGCAAGCAAAGGCAUCUGCAGCCAGUUUCUAG